ACUACAGAGAGGAGAGAGAAUGCGGCAGAAGGAGGGAGCAGACUGUCAGUGGCCGACUCUGGGAGAGAGGGAUAGAGACGGAUUCUCACUUCUUUUUUCUGGCUUUUCCCUGCUUCCUUUGCCUGCGCUUGUUCUGUCUUCUGUCUCUUUGUCUCUCUUUCUUUGCUGCUACUCACUGUUUUUCUCCCUGCAGUCUUUAUUCUUCUGUCCUACAUUCUGACUUGCUACUAUCUGUCUGUCCUCCUCUUCCUCACCUAUGGCUACCUGACGGUGAGCUUCCCCCUCUGCCGUCUUUCUCUCUUUUUCACCACCAUCCCUCUUUCUUUCUUCUUCCUCAGUCUCUUCCCUUCUUUACUUCGAUCUGUCCUUCCCUUGCACCUGUCUGUCAUCUAUCCUUUGUCUUUCGGUGUGAGGAUGCCAGUGCUGGAGGGGCUCUGGGGCCCAGAUCUUAGGAUGCGAGACUCCAGUCUUGGGGUCGAAGUCGGGGUAUGUCCAGACGAGGCUCCUCACUCGCCAGUCUGGGGGCCUCUCAGGACACCACCUAUUACCUGCGGGGGUCUGUCGCUGGCCCUAGAGCUCCCUGCUCUCAUACGGCAGCUCAGGGCAGCCUGGAGAGCCCGCAGGGGAGGCCCUCGGGGGCCCGAGAGAAGUCAGGCAAGCACCUGGGUGGAAACAGAGAAGGAAGAGGUAGAAGAGGUGAAGCUUGACAUAGAGGACAGGAGCGCUCAGCUGGAAGCUGAUUGCAGACUGAACACUGGUCAUGCUGGUGUGUUGCUGGUCGAGAGACGAGGCUCCUACCCGCUGAUUGACCUGCGAAUCCUCAAAACCAGUGCCCAGCAGGGGGAGGUAGAGGCCGGCACCAGGAGAAAGGUGAAGCGUCUGCUGAGUUUUCAGAGAUACUGCCACGCCUCCAGGCUGCUCAGAGGGCUGGUGCCCCACACCCCCGGGUCACUGCACCUACUGGACGAUGACUACCUGGGACAAGCUGCACACAUGCUAUCAAAAGUCGGCACAUGGAACUUUGACAUCUUCCUCUUUGAUCGUCUUACGAAUGGUAACAGUCUGGUGACUCUGAUGUGCCAUCUCUUCAAUGUCUACGGCCUCAUUCACCACUUUGAGCUGGACAUGGUCAAACUGCACAGGUUUCUUGGCAUGGUGCAAGAGGACUACCACUCCCAGAAUCCCUAUCACAAUGCUGUUCAUGCUGCUGAUGUCACACAGGCCAUGUACUGCUACCUGAAGGAGCCCAAGCUGGCAGAGCAGCUGAGUCCUCUGGACGUGUUCCUUGGUCUCGUGGCAGCAGCCGCCCACGACGUGGACCAUCCCGGAGUCAACCAGCCCUUCCUCAUCAAGACCAGACACCACCUGGCCUCCCUCUACCAGAACACGUCUGUGCUGGAGAGUCACCACUGGAGGUCCACUGUGGGCAUGCUGCGAGAGUCAGGACUGCUGUCACACCUGCCGGCCGACAUGUCGCAGGACAUGGAACAGCAGCUGGGCUCUCUCAUCCUGGCGACAGACAUCAGCCGGCAGAAUGAGUUCCUGUCGACCUUCAGAGAACAUCUGGACAACCAGGACCUGGACCUUCAGCUGGCUUCACACAGGCACUUUAUACUGCAGAUUGCUCUGAAGUGUGCAGACGUCUGUAAUCCAUGUCGGGUUUGGGAGCUGAGCAGACAGUGGAGUGAGAGGGUGUGUGAGGAGUUCUACAGACAGGGUGACCUGGAGAGAAAGUUUGACUUGGAGAUCAGUCCUCUGUGUAACCAGCAGGCUGACUCCGUCCCAGCCGUUCAGAUAGGGUUCAUCUCCUACAUCGUGGAGCCUCUGUUCGAAGAGUGGCACCGCUUCACCGAGCCCAGCCCACUCAGCCAGACCAUGAUUGGUCACCUGCACAAGAACAAGGCACGCUGGAGCCGCCUACGAUACGCACGCACACCCUCAGACACGCAAACACACCCCGAUGCCGAGGAGCCCGAAGGAGGAGGAAGAGAGGGGGAAGACAUCCCUUAAUCUCGCUCUUGUCUCUCGAGGCAUUUGAUCUUCCUUUGUAAACGGAGGAGAGGAGUGUUAAUCCACCUCCUUGUUUGUCCUCCAGCAGAUUUUCUCCCACUGCUGGUUGUUCACAGGUUCUGAGAGUGGGAACACUGGAUGGGAGGAGAAAUGGCUCCCUCUGCUGGAGCGGAGGAUUGUAGCCCUGCAGGGUGGAAAUAAAAGAAGACGGAGAGAUAUUCAUGGUAAAGCUUAUGAUGGAUAAUCUUAGUAAAUAUAUGCCAAUUGGACAAAGUCAUGCCUUGCUCUUUAACCCAGUGAUACCUGCUUCAAAGUAUCUGAGGAAAGCAGGGAUUAAAAGGUUACAGCUGACGGCAGAAGAGGGAUCAGUGAAGAGACAUGCUGUGUUUGCACAAUGCUGCUAGAACAAUAAAGAAGCCAAAUUCUAUACAGCUGGACUGUGCCGGGAAGAUAUAUGAAAAGGUAUAUGAAAGAAAUGAAUAUAUCCACUAUACUAUGCUUUUUAAACUUUUAGACUGUAUUAAGCUCUUUUCACUUUUCUUCUUUUUGUACAGCUUGCACUUCUCUUGGAUGCUCUUUCGUACAAGUGUCUCACUUGUCUACUUUUCACUGAAGCGCGUUUUUAACUCACUAAGUUGGUUAUGUCACGAUACUGUAAACUGUACGAUGUAUUCUGUUUUAACUGUGUAACCUGUUUGACUGACUGACCGAUACGAUUAUUGACUGACACAAAGAGUUGCUUUUACGCUGAUAUCACCUGUCAGCUGGAUGUUUUCAGACUCAUGGAGAACACAAACCGGGGCCAUGUUUUUUUAAAGUGUUUGUGUUCAUGUAAUGAUAUAGAAGAGUAUAAUCUGUACAUACUGUGACGUACGACCUCAGCACUUCACAUGCCAAAAUCUCAGCAAUGUACAAACCUUUUUACUGGGUAUGGAUAUCGGGAAAUACAACCCUCACACUGCUAUUA